AUGGCAACCUCCCCCGCGGGGGCCCAAUCUGAGCCCAGGGCCCCCACAGAUGCUCAUACCGACACUUCCGAACCACAGGCGCCAGCCGAGCCUCCAGCAGUAGUAGUAGCAGCACCGACAUCUCCAACGCAAGCGCCAGCGCCAGCGCCAACUUCACAGCCAGCAGCACCCUCCGUGCGCUUUCGGUCCGUCGUUGAGGAGAUCGGCCCCGAGGUGAUGCAAUCGGGAUCGUCUUCAGAAGUCCCUGCUCCCGUCGACGCCCAUGAACUCGGCGAGGUCACACCAGCCCAGCUGAGUGCGUUGACGAAGUCGCUGCAAGGCUCUCACUUGCAGGAGCGCCGGAUGAACAUAUUUUCAUUCCAGCCAGUCUCGCUUCCUGCCUCUAGAGUGCGCCAUCUCUCCCAUCCUGUUGUUGCCCAUGCGCCAUCGUUCAAGUGCGCCUCUGCUGACUUGGGUUUCCAUGCUCCCAAACAGACCCCUUCUCAUGAAGAAGAUUCUUCGAAGAACCCUACUCGUCAAAAUACUCGCAGUACCGCUGGGCAAUCACCAUUGUCGAGCCCGCGGGUUGCGCCAAUGCAUAGUCCGCCUCUGACCCCUGCGGCCACUGGUCUUGCUGAUGUCGACUCGAAACGCCAGGCCAAUUCCACAGCGGGCCACCGAAGUGACCUCAUUACUCCACAGGACUCAACGGGCUCGCCACCUCGGUCUUCUCGACCAAGCUUGCGACCGGAUGGUUUCUCCUCGGCUGAUGAAGUUCCCCGGCGACCUCGUUCGACGCACAAUGAUAGUGAUGGUUCCUCAAAAGUAGGCGGGCACCGCAAGGGCAUGUUUUCUGCAGGACCGGGGAGUCUGCCGUCUUCUCGAGAUUCGAGCCCGACCCGUCUAGCUGCCUCGCAACUGUACACGAGGCCCUUCACUCCGGACGGCGAUGCGAACGACCCGUAUGCGGCACAUAAGCGCCCGCAGCAGAAAGCCAUCGAGCCGCGCUUUCAUUUCUCUUUGGGCAGGAAAAAGCAUUCGCCCGCAUCGUCUUCCAUUAGCCUGGGGAAAGCUUCCCCGGACAAGCGCGGUUCGGCUUUAUUCCUCAGGGGAGCUGAUCUCAAUCGGGAGACCAGUACCACUCCAACAAUUAAUAGUAGGCCUAACUCGAUGGCAGACUUGAAGCGGUUUUUCAAGGUCGGCCCUCACAAGAAGCGCGCCUCAUCCCCAUCUCCAUCGGUCAAAUCAACACAGGUCUCGACGAGUUCUAAAUCCCAGGCCCAGAUUCCCUUUGGCAGUGACCAUGGUCUGUCUUCAAAAUAUGGGAAGCUGGGUAAAGUCCUCGGUUCAGGAGCCGGUGGAUCGGUGAGGUUAAUGAAGCGGGCAGAUGACAACACAGUCUUUGCAGUGAAGGAGUUUCGACCACGGCAUACGUACGAAACGGAGAAGGAGUACGUCAAGAAGCUGACGGCCGAGUAUUGCAUCGGCUCAUCGCUGCAUCACGGUAACAUUAUCGAGACGCUUGACAUUGUGCAAGAAAAGGGCAAGUGGUAUGAGGUCAUGGAAUACGCUCCAUAUGAUCUUUUCGCCAUUGUCAUGACCGGAAAACAGUCACGCGAGGAGGUGACGUGCUGCUUCCUCCAGAUUCUUAGUGGAGUCACGUAUCUGCAUGGCAUGGGUCUUGCGCAUCGAGAUUUGAAGUUGGACAACGUUGUGGUCAGCGAACACGGCAUAAUGAAGAUAAUCGAUUUUGGAAGCGCUCAUGUCUUCAAAUAUCCUUUCGAGAACGGGAUCAACUUAGCAAAAGGGAUUGUGGGAUCCGAUCCAUAUCUGGCACCCGAGGUGUAUGACGAACGGAGAUAUGACCCUGCAGCAGUCGAUAUAUGGUCAUUGGCCAUCAUCUAUUGCUGCAUGACAUUGCGCCGCUUUCCCUGGAAAGUUCCUCGCAUGACCGAUAACUCGUUCAAACUGUUUGCUUCCGAGCCAACGCCAGGCCACGACCCAAAGAAGCUGGUUUUGCCGUCCCAUCAGUCCUCAUCGGCACUCACUGAGACACCGGCGCGAGACAUAUUUGUCCAGAGCGACGAUAAUAAGUCAACUGUCGAGCAGAUUAACAACCCACAGCCACAGAAGGCGGAAGGACCAACAAGCACCGGCACGGAUACCAACACGGGGGGUUCUAAUACUGGUAACAGCUCGGCACCUGAGAAGCGCGAGGUUAUUCGGGGACCUUGGCGGAUCCUCCGACUGUUGCCGCGUGAGAGUCGACAUGUAAUCAGCCGUAUGCUGAUCAUAAAUCCCAAGGAAAGGGCUAAGAUGGAGGAGAUCAUUGAAGAUCCGUGGGUUGCAAACACCGUCAUAUGUCGACAAGAAGCCCCCGGUCAGGUCUUCCAAGCAGAGGACCACACUCACAUUUUGGAACCACCGGCGGCCCCGUCAACCACACCUGCUGCGGCACCUGCCAAAUAG